AUGUAUUUUUCAAAACUUCUCCUCUUUUCCGCUGGAGCCAUAACUACAGGCCUCGCUCAACAAUUCAUGGUUCCUGCCCCAUGGUAUGUCCAAAAAAUCAGCAUUGGAAACAUCAGACACGGCACCGGCGGCUUCUGGUCAUUCAACUUGAUCGACACACCUACUCCAGCUCCUCAAGGUUUGAAUGUAUCAUGCAGUUAUACCUCUCAAACUACUUAUAUAUUCGCACUCGAUGGUUAUCCAGUUGAUGCACCAUGCAGUGGUGAUCCCAAUGUGACUUUCAGUCUAUACCCUGAUGGCGAUCAUUUUACCUUCAAUAUCACGCAUUUGUAUGGAAAUUGCGGAACUGCGGAUAGCCCAGCCCCUUGCAACGACAAUGGAACAUGGCAAUUCAGUUGGGAUGACGUUAGGGGACAAGAGCAAGAUGUCCAAAAUAACUUUGGACAAUCUGGAAGCUUCUAUAGAGAAGGCAUUUCCAUGUAUCCAAAUCGGGCGAUACCCAGCGAGAAGUGCGAGUUCUGUUGA